AUGAGUGCCCAAAUAUAGACUACAACGGUAUCUGAGCGAUUUAGUCAUGUCUUUGAUUUUCUUCGAUUUUUGUGGUCGACUUAAUUUUCUCAAUUCUCUCAAACCUCUCACUUGAGCUUCAAUCCUCUAAAACGAAAAGUUUUGAGACAAUUGACUAACAGCCAAAGUAGGCCGACAUGAUGAACACCAGUCAUGGCAGACACACCAAACACCGUGUCCGUCACCUCGAACCUACAUGAAACUGUUCCCGUUUCUGUAGAAUCAACCACAUCAACCUCAUCUCAAGUGAAGGAAGUGAAAACUACCAAUCAUCGCCCUAACCAUAAGAAAGUUCCACUUCACCAGAUAUAUGCACUGCCUGCCCCAAUUCGCACAUUCCCACUGCCAAGUUUCUAUCCAAAUAAUCCCAUUUCACUAUUCCAUGCCGUCUACGCUUGGGUGAGCCAGCUUGUCUACCCCCCGCCAAGUGAACCCGCAGUGAUCCACCAGGGCAUCUGGUCUCCCGAGACUCGGUCGGUUCACAUUAAGGAUCCCAAGUCGAUACGGGCAUUAUGGGAACAAGGUUUCUUUGGGAAAGGUAAUUAUAGCCGAAGUGAACCAAACUGGUUCAAAAGAGAACAGGCUCGAAGGGGCGAACAUGGAGGCAAUGUCGCUGAAAACGUGACUACCCAGAGGAGAGAAGAGCGGAAGAUGAUGAAAUGGGACCGCGCCAGGAAAGAGCAAGAAGCAAUCGAACGGACGAAGCUCCUGGAGGCUUGGGUUGCUCCGGUAGGUCCCAUGGAGUUAUUAGCUCUUCCGAAUUCCCUGGACGACCUGAAGCCCGCAUUUUCUAGUAGCCUAGCGAUUGGGUCGGCUCAGGAUUCCAUCACGGAUGGUCUGGAAAGUGUCAACGGAACUCCCAACGGUCCAACUUUGAAUGGCGCCACAUCGCCAUCAAGUAAUGGAACGGCGAGGGCUCAUGAGAUAUCGUCGACUGAAAAUGGUACUGUGUCGGCAUUGCCGGAAUCAAACGGACAUCCGUCUCGCCCCCGCACUCCCACAGGUGCCUCCAAUUCCAAAAGACGUAAGUCGGUGCGAUUCUCACCAACAGUCGAGUCAGCAACCUUCAAGCUGUCUGAUCCCCCGAAUCCUCAUCACAGUGCCCAAUCAAAUGGCAGUAUAGAUGGCAAUCUAGCAAAUGGAGUCUCUCCGGUGUCCCGACCAACAGAGCUCGGUUUACCAGAACCUCUUGAUAACACGAGAAAUUCCAGGAGUCGUCCUGAGUCGGAUACCCAACUCGUGGACAAGGAGCACCUUCAACUAUGCCUCGAGGAAACCUUCUACCUUGUCUUCGCUCUUGGGGCUUUGGCCGUUCUAGACCCUGUGACUAGUAAACCGUUUACUGCAUCGGAACUGUUUACACUCUGUCGUCAGACAUCUUACAUUCCCCCGAGGCUGACAGAUCUUCAACCGGAUGACCCUUUUCUUAUGCAUUAUGCCGCUUACCACCACUUCCGUUCUCUGGGUUGGGUGACACGACCUGGAAUCAAGUUUGGCGUGGAUUGGAUGCUGUACAACAAAGGACCCGUUUUCUCGCAUGCCGAAUUCGCGGUUAUUGUUUUACCUGCUUACACUAAUCAUUGGUGGAAAAUUCGAGGCCGUCAACCUCCCCAUAGAUCUUGGCACUGGCUCCAUACUAUUAAUCGUGUGCAGACUACGGCCUUGAAGACCUUGGUCCUCGCAUACGUUGAUAUACCACCUCCAUUUGAUGAAAGUCUUGGUGCGACGGAGAUAUUGAAGCGGUAUAAAGUCCGGGAAUUUAUCGUGAAGAGAUGGCUCAGCAAUCGGAAUAGGGAUUGAGUAUUUGAAAUAUUAGCAUUGGGAUGGAUGCGUAGGGUGGCAGCCCUAGUCUGUACAUACAUAGAUACAGUGCUUGAUAUAAUAGGCCAUGUCUAACAUCAUGAUAGCCAUAAGUCAUGUAUGAACAAAUAACAAUUACUUUGUAGUAAAGUUCGACAGCUAGCUCCGUUGGAAACUAUGUGCACGUAAGCCCCGAGGG